AUGCUAAAUUUUCUCUUUCUACAGAUGAAACACCAGGAAAAAACACCAGAAGGAAACAUAACUGAAUUUAUGGAAUUUGUUCUCUUGGACUUUGCUGAUGUUCCCCAUCUAAGGUGGUUUCUAUUUGGAUUGUUCUUAGUUAUUUUCAUCAAUAUCUUGAUGGGCAAUGGUACAAUAUUUCUAAUAACAAAACUGGAACCUACUCUACAGACCCCCAUGUACUUUUUUCUUGGCAAUUUUUCCUUCUUGGAAAUCUGCUAUGUGUCAGUUACUCUCCCCAGAAUGCUCGUGAAUAUUUGGACCCACAGAAGGACAAUUUCUAUAGUUGCAUGUGCUGCACAAAUGUGCUGCAUGUUUGUGUUGGGAGCCACAGAGUGCGUCCUUCUGGCAGUGAUGGCCUAUGACCGCUACAUGGCCAUUUGUAACCCUCUGCACUAUACUCUAGUCAUGAACAAAAAAGUUUGUGUCCAGCUCGUGGUUGGCUCCUGGAUCAGUGGAGGUCCAGUCCAGAUUGGGCUGACAUUUCAGAUUUUUUCUUUGCCCUUUUGUGGUUCUAACCUCAUCAACCACUUCUUUUGUGACAUCCCCCCAAUACUCAGGCUAGCCUGUGGGGACACCUUUGUGAAUGAAAUGAUGGUCUACAUAGCUGCUGUGUUAUUUGCCAUGGUUCCAUGUCUGUUGAUACUUAUCUCGUAUGGCAAAAUCAUCUCCACAAUCCUUAAAUUGCCGUCAGCCACAAGUCGGUCCAAAGUCUUCUCAACCUGUUCAUCUCAUAUUAUGGUUGUGGCAUUGUUCUUUGUACCAGGUUCUAUUACUUAUUUAAGACCCAAGCCCAGUCGCUCAGCAGGAGCUGACAAAUUGCUUUCUCUUUUCUACACUAUUGUGACUUCUAUGUUUAACCCCGUGAUAUACAGUCUAAGGAACAAGGAAGUCAUUAUGGCACUGAGAAAAUUACUAUGUAAAUAA